AUGCAGGCCCAGAAACUCAAAGAUAUAAGCCUACCCAGCAGGGGCGUUGCCAGGUCUUUAGGUGAAGAACGGAAAGACGUUAAAGUUGAGGUUAAAGAAGAAGAAGAAGAGACGUUGGUGACCAGACAUCAGCAGUCUAUGGAGGAGGGUUGUCCUCUGUAUUCCCAGGAUUCCACACGGGAAGAUCAGAACUAUACAGAGAAUGAUCAGAAUGAAGAACGGAAAGACAUCGAAGAUGAGGAUCUCGAGGAAGAAGAAGAAGAAGAAGAAGAAGACGACGAGAGGUUGGUGAGUGGAGAUCGGCAGUCUAUGGAGGAGAGAGGUUCCUGGGACUAUACAGAGAAUGAUCAGGCUGAAGAACGGAAAGACAUCAAAGUUGAGGUUAAAGAGGAAGAAGAAGAGACGUUGGUGGAUCAGCAGUCUAUGGAGGAAUCUUCUCUCUUUAUAGACAUAAAUGGACGAUUUCUUCUGAAUACCUCGGAGGGAGAUCCAAAUUUAUCACCAGAUUUCAAGGCAGAAGAUGAUGACAUCACACAAUGUUCUCCAGGAGAAGAUCCCAUUAUUCCAACUGCACAUCACAGACCUUCCCAUCUGGAGGGAUCAAUGGAUCCUUCUAAUCCUGAGGAUCCUUCUGAUAAAUCCCAUACUAUGACAUCAGAUGACUAUCUACCCCAUACUAUGACAUCAGAUGACUAUCUACCCCAUACUAUGACAUCAGAUGACUAUCUAUCCCACACUAUGACAUCAGAUGUCCAUCUUUCCCAUACUAUGACCUCAAAUGACCAUCUUUUCCAUACUUUGACAUCAGAUGUCCAUCUAAGAUCAAUGAAUCCUUCUAAUCCUGAGGAACCUUCUGAUCAAUCCUAUACUAUGACCUCUUCAUGUGGUGGAGAUCACACAGGAGAGAGUUCCUCACCAUCUUCGGAGAAAUCUCACACUUAUAACACAGCUCAACCUAAACAGCGUAGAAUUCCCUUGGGUGAUCGUCCUUUUUCAUGUUCUGAGUGCGGGAAAUGUUUCUUUCGGAAACAAUACCUUAUUCUACACCAGAAAAUUCACACGGGGGAACGUCCUUUGACAUGCUUGGAGUGCGGUAAAUGUUUCACUAAGGAAGAACACCUUCUUACGCACCAGAGAAUUCACACCAAUGAGCACCCUUAUCCAUGUUUAGAUUGCGGGAAGUCUUUCUUUAGAAUAGGUGCGCUUCUUAUUCACCAGAGAGUUCACACCGGCGAGCGGCCUUAUUCGUGUUCGGAGUGCGGAAAAUGUUUCACCAAGAAAGGACACCUUCUUGCACACCAGAGAAUUCACACCGGCGUGCGUCCCUAUUCGUGUUCAGAGUGCGAGAAAUCUUUCACCGAGAAGGGACACCUUCUUCAGCACAAGACGUUUCACACUGGGGAGCGCCCUUUUCCGUGUUCACAAUGCGAUAAAAGUUUCAAGCAGAAAAGCGCGCUUUUCACGCACCAGAAAAUUCACACGGGCCAGCGUCCUUUCUCCUGCUCGGAGUGCGGGAAGUGUUUUACCGAAAAAGGAAACCUUCUUCAACACCAAAGAAUUCAUACGGGCGAGCGCCCCUAUUCGUGUUCGGAUUGCGGGAAAAGUUUCAGGCAGCAGAACGCACUUCAUACACACCAGAGAAUUCACACGGGCGAGCGCCCUUUCGUAUGUGCCGAGUGCGGGAAAUGUUUCAUUUACAAAGUGCGCCUUCAAAAACACCAGAAAAUUCACACAGGUUAGAGUUAUUUUUCCGGCUGCAAAUGUUUCCUUUGCAAUGAAGGCCUUAUUAAACUCACACAGGUGAGCAUGUUACUGUUGUUACCCUUCUUGCCCCAGACUCCGACACUUCCCUUUUUUAGACU